AUGACUAGCCGAAGUAGAUGUUAAUGAUUGACUAGAGGGAAGGAGGGCCCUGGCUAGCCAUAUAUAGCUUUGCUUCUUGGGCAAUACUUUCUUUCAGUUCUCCUUCUGUAGCAUGUGUCUCUGUGAUCUGAAGAGGGUUUACAUACAAGUCUAGAAGAGAGAGUAAAGCUUUCUAAGAAGUCAUGGAGGUGCUGGUGCUGAUAGCCUUUGAGGGCACAAUGGGAGAUGAGAUGACGGUGCAGGUGGGAGACGUAGUGACGAGUGUCACCAAUGCCAGCGAGGAGGGCUGGCUGGAGGGGGAACUGAGGGGCAAGAGGGGCAUCUUCCCCUCUAACUUCGUCAAGGAGGUGCCAGUGUAUUUGAUAGGUGACAGCAAGAGGGAACCAAGAAGUCUACGGAAAUCAAGGAUGAUUACACCAACAAGGAAGUGUGAGGUGGCCUUUGCCUACAGUCCCUUGAAUGAGGACGAGCUGGAGCUGGUUGUUGGGGAGACCAUUGAGAUCCUCAGAGAGAUUGAAGAUGGGUGGUGGAUGGGAAUGAAAAGUGGUAAAGUGGGAGCGUUUCCAUCAAACUUCACCAAAGAGAUAUUUGUCUCUCCAAAAGAUGUCAAGCAUAAUGAGAGCAAAACAAGACCCAAACUCUCAGAUACAAUGUUUAGUAAAGAGACAAAGCUACCUCAGAGGACGAGUGUUAGGAACAAAACAAAAAAUGUGAAAGAAUGUUGUCAAGUCAUGUUCGACUAUCCAGCCUUGACCGAGGAUGAGUUAAAUCUGAAGAAGGGAGACAUUGUUACAAUCAUCACCAAGGAAACAGAGGACGAGGGCUGGUGGGAGGGAGAGAUGAACGGACGUAGAGGUUUUUUCCCCGACAACUUCGUCAUGGUGAUACCGACGACUGAUGGUCUCCAAUCUGGGAGCACCAGCCAACCACCUGCGCGCCGUGACACGGAAAGACGCUCAGUCAAGGCAGAGGGUUCAGCGAUGGAGAAGAGCAGCCCUGCAAAAGCAAAAGAUGAGAAACCAGAGAGUAAAGACCUGAGAAGCAACCCCCCAACCAAAGUCAAGCUCCCUGCUCCAAGUAGACCUGCACUACCACCUCCAGUGAAGGACAAGCCUCUGAAGUUUGGUAGUAGCAAAGCCAAUGGCGAUCUCCCUCCCCUUUCACCAAAAUGUUCAGAGGAGAGCAACUCGGACCAGUUUGACGGAGUGGAGGUGUCCCCUGAGAAACUGAGUCACCCCACAGCCAACAGAGCCAAACCCCCACAGAGACGACCCCCGUCAGCCCUCGUCACCAGUCCACAGGCUCUGAGUGGCAGGGACCAGACAGAAGCAGAAAAAUUGCCUAAACUGCUGGAGAUUUCAGAAAGUCAUUCACCACCAUCCAAGCCUGAGCAUCCUACCAAGAAUCCAGUACCCUCCAGGCUAGCGCUUCCCAAGGCUGUAGUGGAGACCAGGGCAACCCAGGAGGAGAAGCCUUCUCUGGACAGCCUACACGCUGAGGUCAGGGAGCUGAAGAUGGCUCUGGAGCUGCUGCAAAACAGACAUGAACGAGACAUACAGGAACUGAAAGAGGAACUGAGAGACGAGAGAAACAAACGUGUGGUGCUGCAGGAGGAGGUACAUGGUCUUAGGACUAAACAUUCAUUCUAACUGACACCGUGACCGGGCGGUACAUCUAAGUAAGGCUCUGUAAUGUCAUUCCCUUGAACACAAACUUGAAGUGAAAUUAAAAUGUUCCUGGCAUUGGAGUGCAAGAGCAGAUGGAAAGGAUACGUCUGCUUCCUCUGCAGACAUACCAGCUGAGGCCACAUUAGGGGCUGGAAUCAAUCCGUAUCUCUGAAGUAUCACGGAAGAUCCGCUUUAUAGCUCGAUUAAAAAUGUAAAGGCAAUGUUCCCGCGUUUGCAUUUAAGGUAAACGCUGCAUCGGAAAUGACCUUUAAAGGGAUACUUUGGGAUUUUGGCAAUGAAGUCUUUUAUCUACUUCCCCGGCGUCAGAUGAACCCGUGGAUACCAUUUUUAUGUCUCUGUGUGCAGUUUGAAAGAAUUUGCUAACUAGCAUUAGCACAAUUUCUAACUAGCGUUAGUGCAAUGACUGGAAGUAUCUACUAGCAUGCUAGUAGAUACUUCCAGUCAUAGCAUGCUAGUAGAUACUUCCAGUCAUUGCACUAACGCUAGUUAGAAAUUGUGCUAAUGCUAGUAGAUACCAUAGACUUCUAGCCAUUGCCCUAACUCUAGUUAGCAUUGGCUCACAAAACUACCUCUAACAUUGAGUUAAUCUGACUCUGAGGAAAUAGAUAAAGGGCUUCAUUGCCAAAAUCCCGAAGUAUACCUUUACAUUUUAACAUGGACCUUCCGCGAUACUUUCGCGAUAACGAUUGAAUACAGCCCUAGAUUGUAGUCUUCCAUUUUGUUUGAGGACAUUCUGGACUUGAUUGGCAAGGGACCAAAAUUGGCAAGGGGCCAAAAUGCUUUGUAUAUAUCGACCAAAAUACUUUGUAGCCGGGAUUCAAUUCAAGGUGGGUUAUAGCACAGCACACAAUACAACUGACAAUGUGUCUUUUAAAGGACUUUUCCCCAAUAUUUACAUGGUAAACACUGCACACGUUGGACCAAGCCUAAAUCACUUUUAAAAGUAUGUUAUAGUGUGCCGUGCUUUAACACGGCGCACUCAAUGUCUUGCAUUGAAUCCCGGCCUUUGGAUAGAAAAUAUGUUUUAUUUUAUAUUGAUGACAUUGUAUAUUUCAUUGAAAGAACAACACCAACCUAAAAUACAGAGGACUGGUUUUAUACAUUGAAUGUGGGCCACGUUUCUCAGUGAUUAUUUUCCUGUAAAAGCAUAUUUCUUAUUUUUAUAAGCAUGUUUGGGAAUAUUUUAAGCAUAAGUGUUUGCGGAACAUGAGUCAACUGAACAAAUUACUUGUAUCUUUUGUGUAAACUGCCAUUGUAUAUAAGAGUAACUAUUUUGUCUCUUUUUUAAAAUAUAAAAUAUAACCUGUCCAAAAUA